GCCCCGUCGAGGAUCGGCUUCGAGCCUGGCCCCGGGGCGGUGGUGCCCCGCGGUCGGGCCGGGCAGCGCGGGGCCCUGCAGCCAUGGCGGUGGAAGGAGGCAUGCGGUGUGUCAAGUUCUUGCUCUACGUCUUCCUGCUGGUCUUCUGCGCCUGUGCAGUAGGACUGAUCGCUGUGGGGGUAGCUGCCCAGCUCUUCCUCAAUCAGACCAUAAUCCAGGAGACGACCCCCAGCACCCUGCUGCCUGUGGCCAUCAUUGCCGUGGGUGCCUUCCUCUUCCUAGUGGCCUUUGUGGGCUGCUGUGGGGCCUGCAAAGAAAACUAUUGUCUCAUGGUCACUUUUGCCAUUUUCCUGUCUCUUAUAGUGCUGGUGGAGAUGGCCGUGGCCAUUGCGGGCUACGUGUUUAAAGACAAGGUGGUAAUGGAGUUUGAGAAGGGUUUCCGGCAGCAGAUGGAGAAUUACCCUAAAAACAACACUGAGUUGUUACUGGAUGAAUUGCAGAAAAGAUUUAGCUGCUGCGGAGCUAGUAACUAUACAGACUGGGCGAAGGUCCCUGACAUGGCUAAGAACCAAGUCCCUGACUCCUGCUGUGUCAACGUCACUGUGGGCUGCGGAAAGGAUUUCAAGGUGGAGGCCAUCCAUCCCAAGGGCUGUGUGGAGAGCAUCGGGGUCUUCCUGAGGAAGAAGGUACUGCUGGUGGCCGCAGCGGCCCUGGGCAUCACUUUUGUGGAGGUCCUGGGAAUUGUCUUUGCCUGCUGCCUGGUGAAGAGCAUCCGAAGCGGCUAUGAAGUGAUGUAGGGGCCUGGGCUGUUCAGCUUCUUUAUCGUGGGGAGUGGAGUGAUGUCCUCCAGGUUUUUCAAUUAAACGGAUUAUUUUUUCACACCAAAA